AUGUCGGAAGUAAUUCCCGAAGAAUACAACACCAACUAUGAGCAAUUCCGUGAUAUCCUCUCCUCUUUCCUGAUCGAGCGAAUCGCCACCCCCUUCACCAAACCCAAGCCCAAACCUAAACGACGCUCCAAAAAGAAGCCCACCAACUCCCCACCCCCAACCUCACCAGACAUCACCGACACCGACCCCUCAGCAGACGACCUAGCCGACUUCACCUCCUACAUCGCGACCGCCACCUUCCUCGCCCUCCCCCCCGACCUCCAAUCCCUAACCUACCACACCUGGAUCGACAACCCCCACUUCGAAAGCACCCUCUACCCGCUCCCCCUCACCGCCGAGCGCACCACCACGCUCCUCCACACGCUCGACCCGUCCAUCCCCGACUCCCUCGCCACCUACGGCAUCACCGCGCCGCCCAGCACGACGCCCUCCAACCUCCCCUCCCCGGCGGAAUUCCUCGCCCCCGUGCUCGGCGCCUACAUCAGCGCCACGACGGUGGCGCCCCCGCCGCCGGCCUCGACCAAGGCCGACGCGGCGGGCUGCGAGAUCUGCGGGCGCGACUGGAUCAACCUGAGCUACCACCACCUGAUCCCGCGCAUGGUGCACGACAAAGCGGUCAAGCGCGGGUGGCACCGCGCCGACCAGCUGCAGAACGUGGCGUGGCUGUGCGGGGCGUGCCAUAGGUUUGUGCAUCGUUUUGCGGGGCAUGAGGUGUUGGCGAGGGAGUAUUAUACGGUGGAGAGGCUGUUGCAGGCGGAGGAGGUGAGAAGGUUUGGGGAGUGGGUUGGGCGGGUGAGGUGGAAGGCGAGGUGA